GGCCCAAAGCGGAGCGAAGGAGGGAAGCAGGAGCUUUAGAACCGGAACCAGAGUCCCAGCGGCGGUAAUAGAGACCCCUGUGCGGUGCGGAGGGGGCGGUGGCCCCGGCUCUAACCCGCGCCGGGGGGUGGGCCAUGGCGGAGAUCAGCGACUUGGACCGGCAGAUCGAGCAGCUGCGGCGCUGCGAGCUCAUCAAGGAGAGCGAAGUCAAAGCUUUGUGCGCCAAAGCCAGAGAGAUCUUAGUGGAGGAGAGCAACGUGCAGAGGGUGGACUCGCCGGUCACCGUUUGUGGUGACAUCCAUGGGCAAUUCUAUGACCUCAAGGAGCUUUUCAGAGUGGGUGGCGAUGUCCCUGAGACCAACUACCUCUUCAUGGGGGACUUUGUGGACCGUGGUUUCUACAGCGUUGAGACCUUCCUCCUACUGCUGGCACUUAAGGUUCGCUAUCCUGACCGCAUCACCCUAAUCCGAGGAAACCACGAGAGCCGCCAGAUCACCCAGGUGUACGGCUUCUAUGACGAGUGUCUGCGCAAGUAUGGCUCGGUGACUGUGUGGCGCUACUGCACUGAGAUCUUUGACUACCUCAGCCUGUCGGCCAUCAUCGAUGGCAAGAUCUUCUGUGUGCAUGGGGGCCUUUCCCCUUCCAUCCAGACCCUGGACCAAAUCCGGACAAUCGACCGGAAGCAAGAGGUGCCUCAUGAUGGGCCCAUGUGUGACCUGCUCUGGUCCGACCCCGAAGAUACAACAGGAUGGGGUGUGAGCCCCCGGGGGGCUGGCUACCUAUUUGGCAGUGAUGUGGUGGCCCAGUUCAACGCAGCCAAUGACAUUGACAUGAUCUGCCGUGCCCACCAACUGGUGAUGGAAGGUUACAAGUGGCACUUCAAUGAGACGGUGCUGACUGUAUGGUCUGCACCCAACUACUGCUACCGCUGUGGGAAUGUGGCUGCCAUCUUGGAGCUGGAUGAACACCUCCAGAAAGAUUUCAUCAUUUUUGAGGCUGCGCCCCAGGAGACGAGGGGCAUCCCCUCCAAAAAGCCGGUGGCUGACUACUUCCUGUGACUUCUUUGGCCCCCUGCCCUCCAGUGCCCCUGGCCCUCGGACCACUGUGACUCUGACCUCUCCACCAGAAAGGCAGAGGGUGUCUCCUGCUCUGCCCUCCCUGCAUUGGCACCAAGAGGGUGAGGACUUCUCUGGAGAGGCCGGAGUCUUGGCCCCAUGCGCCUCUCCUCUCCUCCCAGAUUAACCAUGACGUUUCCAGUAACUUUCUUUUCUUCUUUCUCUCUUUUUUUGUUGUUUUUAGAUAAAAAAUUUUGUGGGAAAAACAAAAAAAAAACACAAAAAAAAUUCUAAUAAAAGAAGAAAAAUGA